AUGAUUGUAAAUGCUUUGCUGGAUAUCAAGGAAGAACCUGCAGUAGCUGCACUGGGAGAAACUUCGGCAAAGACUGCUCUGAGACAUCUCAUCGAUUCUGUUUUGAAGAAAAAUUCUCUAACGUGGAUGGAACAUGUCUACAGGGUUGUGUCUCUGGAUACCUUUACCCUGAUUGUCUUGAAGAAUGCAGUGGGAAGAGAUUUGGUCGAAACUGCUCUGAAAUCUCUAAUCGAUCCUGCCAAGACGAUAAACACUUUCCCCAAAAUGGAACUUGUCGACUGGGCUGUGCAAAAGGUUACAUUUUCCCCGAGUGUGCAACAAAAAUUCCCGCGGGGCCAAACGCAACCGUGGGAAGUUGGCACCAAACCAGAAAAUUUGAAAAAGAAUCGUUACAAUAAUUUGUACGCGUAUAACUCUUCCCGAGUGAAGCUGGACCUUCUUCCUGGUGACCAACACUCUGACUACAUCAAUGCCAACUACGUUGACGGUUACGAACGUCCAAAGGCGUACAUUGCAAGUCAAGGACCAAUGGCGAGCACUGUUGAUGACUUUUGGAGAAUGGUGUGGCAGGAAAAAGUGUCCUUGAUCGUGAUGCUUACAAAUCUUACCGAGGACAAAAAAGUUAAAUGCGAAAAAUACUGGCCCGACGCCGACCAGGAAGGAAAAUUCGGCCGUUUGACUGUCCGCAAUAUGAGAGAGGAGAUCAACGCCGAUUAUGUUUCAAGAGAUCUAAUUGUUUUACGCGAAAAAACGAAGAAUAUCGUACAACAACUGCACUACACCAAUUGGCCCAAUAACGGAGAACCACUCUAUCCGCAGUCGAUAGCAAUUUUCAUGGAAAAAAUAUCUCAUUGUCAGCGCAACGAAUCGGCCCCGAUAUUGGUGCACUGCAGUGGUGGAAUUGGAAGAACUGGCACUGUGAUUUUGAUUGACGCAUGCCUUAAAAUGUUUCGUUCACGCGGUCAACUCGAUGUCAUCAGCAUUUUCUCACAGAUGAGAAAACAAAGAGUCAAUCUGGUCAACACCUUGGAUCAAUUCAAAUUUGUACACAUGGUCCUUUUGGAAAGCAUUUUGAACCCAAAGUUUGAAAUACACUGCGACAAUUUUUCUGAAGAAUACAAAAACCUUACGUCAAAUAACAACAAGAAGAUCAAAAAGAAUUUGGAUUUGCUCACGGACAUUUGCAACAAAGACUUCCAAAGGGCUGACAAACCGGCUGAGAUUGAAGCCAACAAGUGCAGGAACCCUGAUUUUAUUUCCACAUCGAGCGCCAUAGUUUCGCUCUUCCCCUACGGAAAUGUCACGACGAUGAAUUUCAUAAACGCCGUUUUCGUCGACGGAUACAAGAGAGCAAAGCAAUUCAUUGUUACCCAAGUGCCCAUGAAAAACACCGUCUGGGAUUUCUGGAGGAUGAUUGACCAGUUCAACGUCAAGCAAAUUAUCUUCCUCAAUGAGUCGCACUAUUCUUACGGGGAUUUCCUUCCUACAAAAAAACGCAAGCUUGACUUUGAAGAAAUUGAAGUCGUUUUGGAUAGCACCGACGAAGAAAAACACGUGAAGAGCCAUGAAAUCACACUGAAUGCUGUAAAAUAUCUAUUUUGUUUUACUAUUUGGCUGAAAUAA